GGCACGGUCGCUCUCCUGUCUCCCUCCCAAAACCAGCGGCAGUGACCGCCUCUGUCACGCGGGGCCGCCGCCGCCGUCAGAGCGGUCAGAGUCAGAGUAGCCUUUAUUGUCAUUGCAGCAGAUGGUGCUACGGAAUUGAGCGGCACCUCCCGUGUGCAACAGCAUAAUAACAAGAGCUAGGUGGGAAUAAAGUGCAGCGCAGUGUAAACAAAAGAUGCUGACAUGUUCAGGCAGCCGGCGGCAGCCAAGUGGUACGAUAGGCGCGACUCUGUCUUCAUCGAGUUCUGUGUGGAGGACAGCAGAGAUGUGUGCGUGGCUUUUGAGAAGUCCAAGAUCAACUUCAGCUGCAUCACUGGGUCCAAAAACAUCAAGCAGCAGAACUCCUUGGACCUGUUUGGAGACAUUGAUCCAGAAGAGUCCAAGCACAGACACACCCAGAGGUCGGUGGUCUGCUGUUUACGGAAGGCUGAAGCCGGGAGGUCAUGGCCAAGGCUCACCAAGGAAAAGACAAAGUGCAACUGGCUCAGCUUGGACUUCAACAACUGGAAGGACUGGGAGGAGGAGUCGGAAGACGACCUGUCAAGCUUCGACAGAUUCUCAGAGAUUAUGAACACGAUGGGAGGAGACGACCUUCCUGAUCUAGACGAGCCUGAAGGUGCCGACAGUGACGAGGAAAAAGCCUUGGACUAGAGGCUGCGCCUGGAGCCCAGCAAGUCCAAACCAGAGUCCAGACUUCAGCCGCUGGAGAGUCGUGUUUCACCACUGGCUGACGGCUGCUGGAUCCAGGUGCGUGUGUGCCUCGUCUGGUUUCUGCAGACCCUCUUUUAUAUUACCUUUGCUCUCCUCCUUUCCUGUUGUCCAACUGUUUCAUUGACACUCGUGUUCGCUCCUGACCUGCUGGCUUGGCAGCCGCGCACAAUAUCUUUUAAGUCAAUUGGUGAGGAUCCAUAUCCCGGAUUUGACAGUCCUCACUUCUACUGCUCAUGCGAUGUGGUCCUCAAGUGUUUGGGUCUCCAAGUGACGUGUUUCCAACAUGGUGACCCUUCCUGCGGUUCACUGCCCUGCAGUGACUGCUGUCCGCCGCUGGAAGGAGGACCUUCCCAAACAGUCCACUGGCUUCUUGAUGGAAUUCCGGUGAGGGGUUUUGGGAAUGUGGGUCACAACCGCUGCAUCUUGGUGUGGGAAGGACCCGUCUCUCUGGGACACUCUGACGAACUGUGCGGAGCCCUGACCACCGACUGGAGGCCUGGGUGGAACUUCACCGUUCUCUGUGUUCGUUCAAACAGGCUGGUUUGCAUUGAUGUCGCUGUGCGUUUGUCUUCCAUGUUUCUCGUGAAUAAAGUCCCACUUGUCAUCCCA